AGUUCAACUUUGAAGAAGGUAUUUUUUAUCCUUACUGUUGAGGAAGCUGGCAGGUUGAGACGGCCCAUCACAGAACCAGGCAGAGGGAGUUCUUAAUCCCUAAUGACCUGAAUAGCCUCCCCUGUCAAAGUGAAUAACUUGGAGCCCGAGGACACUGACCUUACCAUAUCUCCAACAUCAGUACAUAAAAUCAGAGGAAAUUACGGACAAACAAUCAACAGUCUACAGUCAAAAAUUCCAACAGGUAAAGGACUCCACUUAUCAGGCAUGUUUAUCAAGUUUUACAGAAUCAAGAAUUUUUAGGGGAAAGGGGACAUUUUACUUAGAGAUUAGGGAUUAUCACUGAAGCAUGCUGAGCAUGUGUUGACAAAUAUUUGCAAACUUUGUCCAUUUUAUGUUUUAAAUAUCCAGCCCAUGGUGUGUUCAAGACGGCAUAACCAUUCAUAUGGCAGUGUAUAUAUGUAACAAGUGAAGCAUGUUAAAAUACUUCUAUUGUGAUUUAAAUGAAUUCUUCUGAAUUAGCCGAGUGCCAGCCUUAGAACAGGUAGCCGGUUCCACUAGAAGCUGUCAAAAUUCCAAGUAUGUCACCAUUUCUCUAAAAAUUCAAAACGUUUAUCUAAAGUCUGCUUGCAAAUUCUCCAACUGUUCAUCAGGGAUAAGAAAAAACUCGGCACAGGUGGACUUACAAGGUGAAGUUUAUUGUCAAAUUAAUUGUGAAUAAGGAGGGUGUGUUAGCCCAUGGAGAAAUGUCAUCGAUUGGUCUAUUGAAGUUAUUGCUCUAAACUAAAGGUGUUUUUAUAAAUAGACUAUUGAAACGGGAUAUCUAGACUUGUGUAUUUGAUCAACUCCUGUCGGUGUUCAUUGUUUUCUUUCGUUUUUCCUUGGAUUUAUUGGAGUUAUUAUUCAUUGAUUGGAAUUAAGGAUUUAUAGAAAUGUGACAACAGGAGAAAGAAAAGUGAAAGAAAUGUCAGCUCUUCUGAGAAAACAAGAGAACCAAUGAGUAGUGAGUAAGAGACACAGACCAACAUGGAUAGCCCAGAAAACACAGAGGCGGAUCAUGGGGUGGAGGACAUGAUCAAUCUGAGUGUCCUUGAUGAGAGUGUCAUUCUGAGAAACUUAAAGAUCAGAUAUGAGAGGGAACUUAUCUAUACCUUCACCGGUAGUAUCCUGGUGUCCGUCAAUCCGUACAAAAUGUUUAACAUCUACGGACUGGACAUGGUCAAGAAGUACGAGGGUCAGACGCUGGGAACUCUGCCUCCACAUCUUUUUGCCAUCGGAAGUGCUUCUUAUGGGAGGAUGAUGAAAGAAUUGGAGAACCAAGUUUUAGUGAUCAGUGGGGAGUCUGGGGCAGGUAAAACAGAGGCCACUAAGUUAACGAUGCAGUAUCUGGCCGCGGUCAACAAGUCUGGUAACAACCUCAUCACCGAGCAAAUCCUGGAGGCCAACCCACUACUGGAGUCAUUCGGUAACGCCAAAACAAUACGCAAUGACAACUCCAGUCGAUUCGGAAAAUACAUCGAAGUUUUCUUUAGAGAUGGAUCGAUUGUGGGAGCUCGCAUGCUGGAAUACUUGUUGGAGAAGUCACGCAUGGUAUCACAGGCCCAAGAUGAAAGAAAUUACCAUGUUUUCUAUGAGAUGCUUGAAGGAAUGUCUAAAGAACAGAGGGGCAAAUAUGGUCUACAAAAUGCUGAAAAAUAUUUUUAUCUGAAUCAGGGAGGAAACUGUAAAAUAUCUGGUAGAGAUGACUAUGAGAAUUUUCGAGCAUUGACUGCCGCUUUAGAUGUUCUCAACUUCGAGAAAAGUGAACAGGACACCAUAUUUAAAAUACUCUCCUCUGUUCUGCACAUUGGAAAUAUAUACUUCAAGAAAAUUCAUGACGACGCUAACCACGACACAGUGUUACUGGGUAGUGAUGCUGAGAUUAAGUGGAUAUCACAUCUCCUACAGCUGUCAGAGGACUGGUUAAAACAGGCACUCACCACCAAAGUCACAGAAACAAGAGGGGAUCGCGUGCUGACACCUUACAAUAUUGAUCAAGCUCUUGAUGCAAGGGAUGCUAUAGCUAAAGCUUUGUACAGUCGCCUCUUCACGUGGCUUGUAGAGAGGAUUAACAACAUCAUUUGUAGAGCAGAGCGCGACAAGAACACAUCACUAGCUGUCCUUGAUAUCUUUGGAUUCGAGGAUUUCCAUACCAACACCUUUGAGCAACUGUGUAUUAAUUAUGCCAAUGAGACUAUGCAGUUCUUCUUUAACCAACACAUUUUCCGUCUGGAGCAAAAGGAAUAUUCUCGGGAGGGCAUUGAUUGGUCAACGAUUGAAUUCCGUGACAACCAGCCAGUUAUUGACCUCCUAGCCAGUAAACCGACUGGAAUUCUUUGUAUCCUGGACGAUGAAUGCAGCUUCCCACAGGCCACUGAUAUGUCUUUCCUGGAAAAGUGUCAUUUCCACCAUGACAGCAAUAAGCUUUAUGAAAAGCCUCGGAUGUCAGAUCCAGUGUUCUACGUACAGCAUUACGCUGGCAGAAUCAGAUAUAAUGUGAACCAUUUUCUGGAAAAGAACAAGGAUACAUUAAGAAGUGAUGUGGUAGAACUAUUAUGUGAAAGUAAAAACAGAAUCAUUGCUCAGAUGUUCAAAGACAUGCGAGAUCGUCUAAUCACAAAAACCCUCAGCAAAUCCACUGGUCGUUAUGUCACCCUGAAACCCCGCACCCCCACGAUUUCCGCUGGCUUCACAGAAUCACUCCUGUCUCUCAUUGACAAUAUGUCCAAGUGUAAUCCGUUUUUCAUCCGUUGCAUAAAACCCAACAAUCACAAGGCCCCCAUGGUGUUCGAAACUCAAGUUGUACUUGAUCAGCUGAGGUACACUGGGAUGUUGGAAACAAUUCGUAUACGCAAAAUGGGAUUCCCUGUUCGCAUCAAAUUCCCUGUCUUCAUUUCAAGAUACCAUUGCUUAUUACAUGGACAAGACAUAAACUCCAAACUACUGCCAAAUAAAGUGUGCCAAAUGAUCCUCAACACCCAGGGCUCUGUGUACAAGUACCUGUAUAGGAUAGGUGCUACGAAGGUGUUUAUGAAGGAGAGCCUCGAGCAGGUCCUGGAUACCGAGGCCAAGAAGAUCCAGGACGAGGCCAUCGUCAGGAUUCAGAAGCUGGCCCGGAUGUUCAUCGCUCGUAAGAAAUUUCUCAAAGCCAAGACUUCCGUACAGAACUUACAGAGGGCAAUCCAGAGAUAUACAGCCAGAAAGAGAUUCCUUGUGGUUAGGAAUGGAAUCAUUAAAGCCCAGGCUCAGUUUCGAAUGUUCCGGCAGCGCAAGAGAUAUCUAAAGACAAGAGAAGAGUUAAAGAGGAAGCUGGAGCAGGAACGUCUGCUGAGGCAGAAACAGGAAGAGGAGGCCAAGAUGGAGAGGGAACGAAAGGCCCGUCAGGAGCGUGAAAUUGCCUCCAUCACAAACCUGGACAUUCCAGGAGAGCUGGCCUUUGUUUACAACAAGCUGGAUGAUUGGCAGUCCAUUAACAAUGAUCGGCACAUCAUUACGGUCAGUAAGGACGUCCAGCAAAUGGACCAACACUACAAACUGCCAGAGGACAUCAACGCUUUCCCAUUCAGUAAAUUUACGGGGGUCUUCUUCAAGGAUCCAAACUGGGGUUUUACAAUGACACCAAUAAAGUCUUCUCUCACACAAGGAGUAACAGGAGGAGAACUAAAUCAGAUUGCUGCGGCUGUAUUUAAACUGAUCCUGCGGCUGAUGUAUGAUAGAAAUCUUAGAGAUCGCCAGGAAAAGGCCAUGGUGGAUUAUAUUAUUCAAAUGGGUCUACAACAUGAAGGCUUGAGGGAUGAAAUUUACAGUCAAAUUGCAAACCAGUGCUGGAACAACCAGAAUCCUGGGGCCCUAGAAAAAGCCUGGAACUUAAUGGCUGCCUGUCUUAGUGCCUUCCCGCCCAGCAAAAAAUUAUGCAAAUAUCUUAUCAAAUUUGUGUCAGACAUUGGACUAGAGGGGCACCAGCAGCUGUGUCAACACAAGGCCUUACAGUGUGCUAACGUGGAGCCCCAGUUUUCCCGAGUCUACCCUCCCUGUCUACUUGAGUGGAGGGCCAUACAACAGAAAGCUAACAUGGCACUUGAGGCUAAGUUCCCUGAUGGUCACAAAAUGAUUGGCCAUGUGGAAUCCUGGACAAAUGCUGAACUGUUUGCCAGACACCUGUUGAACAUAAGGGGUCUGCAGGAGAACAGCUACGGCUGGACCGUCCAGGUCCAGGAGGAGGUAGAUUAUUACGAGAUUAUGGGAUACGACUACGUCCUUGACCUUCUGAGUGAGAUGGAGGUCCCUCCAGGGUUCCCCUACUGUAAGUCGUAUUACCUCGCCACGUCUGACAGGACCAGGGAACCUCCUGCAAUGAGGAGAGGCCUCUACAAAAACUCCCCACAUAGCGUGGACGAUGAGAGAUACCUGAAACUAACGCGGUCCCUACCUCAGCCUCUGGAAGUGAAACACUCCCGCAUCGAAUCCAGAUCAUUCACUCCAAGGAAGAACUACAUGGAGGAAAAUGAUGAUGGAAUCGAAUUCUCUAUGACAAGUGUUCUCAAUCAGCGACCGACAGAGUUAAUGAUGGAUGGACUCUCGGGAUCUAAGUUAAACAUGAGAUAUAACAAACGAAAGGCACCCAGUCCACCGACGACGAAUGGACAUGGUGUUUCCAAUGGAAUACCUAAUGGACAUAUAACCCCUAUUGUAGAGGACAUUGAAGUGGUUGGACUGGACCCAAAGUCUAAGUUAAACACCAGAUAUGUGAAUGGAGUACACAGUAAUGGAGCUGGUACCCCGAGGUCUGUGACUGAUGAAGACCUCAGUCCUCAUUCUAAACUGAAUACCCGCUAUGUGAAAUCUGGAGUUAUCAUAAAGGAACGUGAACGCAUCAGAAGACACGGCCCGGGGAUUGGAGUGUCCAGGAAACAUAAUCAGGAUCGUUAUCUGGAGGGUGUGUCUGCUGCGUCCGACAUCUCUGCAGCCACUGGUCAGUCAGACUGGUCACACUGGGUGGAGGAUGUAUUUAACAACGCCCUCAAUGAGCAUGUGGACACCCUGAGUGAUGCUCAUACUCUGGAGAAUCGAUUGAAGGGAGGGGGUAAAGGUGUUCCAGGCCCCGGGGUCCAGCCAGCCCCGGUUCCUCCUGCUACCCUGCCACUGCUGAAUAUGGGAUUACAGCCCAAUGGAAUGAUCCCCACUUCCCCACCUGUGGUUCCUGUUAAUGAUCCUCUACAACUAGCUGCUCAGCAAAUGGCCCAGCAGUCCCAGCAACAGGCCUUGUACAAUGCCUAUCUCCAACAGAUGGCAAACCUUCAGGCCCAAGCACAAGCACAGGCCCAACUCCAACAGCAACAAAGACAGCAACAGCAAAAUCUCCUACAGUCAGCACAGCAACAAAUGUUGCAACAGCAGUUCCUACAGAUGCAACAGCAGCAGACCCCCCAGAACCUUGUAAGCCCCGCCUCCAGCUUUAAUUCUGUGGGUCCAUUCCCUGUCGUGACACCCAGGGACCAACAGCAGAUCAAUGGUGGUAUGGUAAUGACAUCUGCUACACAACCAUUUGUGGUUAAUGCACAAGGGGGCCAAAUCAACAGUCAGGGAGGAAUGCAUAUCCCUGUUUCGGCUAUCUCAACAGCAGAGGUCAGCAGUACUGGUGUCCCUAAAAAAGUCUACAAAAUGAGGAGUCAGUUUGAGGGACACACUGAGCAUAAGACUUUUGGACAGCCAAGUGUCGCUCCCAUUGUAAGCACAGCCCCCACCCAGGGCUUGACCAUCAACACUGAAUCCUCUGAGAGAAAGGAAUCUAACGUCAGAAUGGUUCCCGCCCCAGCACCCCCUCCUCCUCCUCAGUACCAGGAUAACGAGCUGACAAGCCCCCGCAUGCAAUCUGCACCCCCUCCACCCCCACCCCCUCCUCCCGUCUUGCAAACCACAGAAGAUUCUUUUGAUCGAGAGAAAGGGAUGUUUACUUUCACUGACAAGAAAGGCCGAGCUCGAACUGUCAGAAUCGGCAAGGUUGUCUGGCCUCCGCCUUCCCACGAGGAAGAGAAAAGGGCCAGAGAAGUUGGUCGUCUGGAAAUUGAUGAAAAUGUGAAACAGAAUCUUCAUGAGAGGUUCAGCCCCAAGAAACAGUGGAAAAAACCAGAAGCUCCAAAUGAAGAACAAAAGGAGCGUAAGAAUAAGUCUCUGGCGGAGUCAGUCCACCUGGCCACUCUUCAACUGCUGGAGCAGAAACUGGGAGGAAACAAAGAACAGGAGAAUGAGAAGAAGGAGAUCAUCGCCACAAAAAUCAUUCAAGAUAUUGGUCCACCACCUGCUCCACCAAAACCACCGGAACCAGUUAAACCACCAGAACCUGUAAAACAAAAGGAACCAGUCAUAGAACUGAGACUGCCUCCUCAGCCAAUCAAACGUGAACCAGAACCUCCAAAGACAGAGGAGAUUGAGGAAGAACAAGAGCCCCCACCCUUGCCGAAAUCUGCCCCUCCUCCCCUGCCACCCCCCACCCAGACCCUGGAGACUGUCACGGUGAAGAAGAAGGAGCCCCAGUUCCUGAUAAACUACACAGAGCUAGAGAAGGUCGUUACACGCCUCUACCCCCAGGGAAAGCAGAAGUACCUAGCCUACCACAAUGUACCCUGGACACUCAACCUGAGGAAAGAGGUAUUCCACCCCAGGGAGCGGCUAGAGAACCCCAUGGCCCUCCACCUAGUCUUCUGUCAGGUGGUGCAGGAUGUCUACAACGGAGGGUGUGUCCGCAUCAACAAGGAGGAUAGAAUCAAAAUGAGGGGCAUGCUGGAGAGCUAUGGAAUCAACAAAGAUAACUAUUUAGGUGGCAAUUUUAAGAAUCAAGUGAAAAAGAUAAUAGUAGACACAGCCAAAGAAUGGCCGACUUAUUUUGCCAAGUUAUUCCCUGUAGCGGGUCAAGGUCAGUAUGGAGGGAUUCGUUACGUGGGGGUUAACCAUAAUGGCAUCAACUUCCUGACUCGGGAGCGCUCCCUGGUGGAGGAUUAUCUGGAUGUAAUGGAGCAUCACAAUUUUGAGGACAUUAUUGAUGCAGUGCUGCCAACAAGGGACACCAUUCAGAUAAAUCUGAAGAACAAAUCUGUGGUUCUCUUCACCAACAGGGCCUCACAGCUCAAAGAGAUGAUUGAUCUGUAUCUUCAAGAAGCAGACAAGGGCAACAAGUAUGUGAUAGCUGUAAAGGAUUACAUCACCAGAGAGUCCACACUCUUGAGCUUUGCAAGGAAUGAGGUCAUCAAACUGCUAGAUCCAGAAAUGGCAUUAGAAGAGGGUUGGCUGUAUGGAUCCUUGAAUGGAAUGCUGGGAUAUUUCCCUGCUGAGUAUGUGCGACCUUUGGCUAGACAUGAGGUCGAGAGGUCAGGGGGCAUGAAAGCUCAGUUAACAGAACACACAAUACAGAGGAUGAUCAGACCUCCAAGCAGGGAUGGCUAUGCUGACAACAGGAGUGAGACGAGUCAAGGCACCGCCAUUCAAGACGGCAAGUUCUCCAUGAUGGAGUUUGCCUUACUGCACUUCAGAGAAUCUCUACAGAAGCCUCAGAAUCUGAGCCUGACAAACCUUGAUGCUGGGUUCGUGAUGAUGCGGAAGGAUGAUGGUUCUAUACGAGGCACGAUUAAAAUGAUAGAAAGCCUCAAGCUUCGUAGCAUGGAUCCUGAUAAAAACAGGAGAGGGGAAGGUAAUGCAGAAUGGACAUGGAGAGAACAGGCAGAACUGGUCAAGUGGACACGGUCCCCGAUUCAAGCCUCUUUACUGAAACUACAGCAACCAGAGCUGAACAAGUUAGCUUUGGAAUGUUUCUUAUGCAUAAUGAAAUUUAUGGGAGAUUAUCCAAUGGGAUCAAGCCAGACUGAAGUAGACUGUGCUCUCAAAAUUCUAAAGACUUGCCACAAAUACCCAGAAUUAAGGGAUGAGGUCUACUGUCAGCUUUGUAAACAAACAACUAGCAACAGAAGCAUGAAGCCGAAGAGUUGCAUCAUGGGCUGGCGAUUGUUUGCCAUUGUUGCCUGUUACUGUGAUUGUACUGAGUCGUUGAGGCCGUACCUUUUUAAAUACUUAGAGAACACAGCCUCAGACCCUAUGAGGACCUAUAGUGGGGCCGCCUCUAUUUGUCUACAAAAUCUCCGAAAAACAUUCAAAUAUGGAGGACGCAAAAAUGUUCCCCUCCAAGAGGAAAUCCGAGCUUUAGCUAAUGGCAGGAUUUCUAAGAGAUUUGGAUUCAUCUUUAGUGGUUGUGAAAAAGAAGGAAUGGUUCAAAUCAAACCUUGCACGGUUGUUAGAGAUGCUGUAGAGGAGAUUUGUUUGAGGCUGAAUAUCAGCGAUAGUGUGGAAAUAGAGGAAUAUACACUAUUUUUAAGAACAAAGGAAGAUAUGAUGGGUCCCCCAGUGUUCAGUCGACUGAAGCCCGAGGAAUACGUUCUGGACGUGACCGCAGACUUACAGCGGAACAACCUGAGUUACGAUCUUGUCUUCCAGAGGACUGUUUGGUAUUACCCUCUCCGGCCCACCGACAACAUUCUGUACAAUGAACUCAUGUUCUUCCAGAGUCUUCCCGAUUACAUUGAGGGCCUCGUCGUGGUCCUCAAGGAGGGACGAUUAAGUCAUCGUGACGAGGAGGACAUUGGUGUUUUAGGAGCUUUACUACACAGAGGUUAUGACAGAGUUGGCAUGCCUACAAUGAAAGAUUUGCCGUACCUAAUUCCUGAGACGGUACGUAGAAUGCCAGACUACCACCAGCAGCAGUGGCUUAACAGAAUCCACGCUAACAUGCAGGAUGUCAUGCGGAGAAGUCCACUAGAGUGUAAAGCCAGAUUUGUAGACAUUCUUUCACGCUGGCCAUUGUUUGGAUCCACCUUUUUCAGUAUAAGGAAUCCCCCGACGCAGCCAGUCAUCAAAGGAGAGUGCAUUCUGGCUGUAAACAAACGUGGCAUCCACUUCCUCAGUCUGGAAACACAUGAAACAUUCCUGGACUAUUCAUUCAGUGAAGUGUUGUCAACAAGACGUUAUCGCAGUGACAGUGGGGAUAACUUUCUCGACAUGAAAUUGGGCAAUUUAAUGGUGCAAAAAAUUGUCAGAAUUGAAACAAAUCAGGGAUCUGAUAUUUCCAAUUUGAUUGGUCAAUACAUGCAAGUAAUAAAUCGACACAAAAAGCGGCCAAAUGAGAAGAUGAGCCUUCAGCGUUACCACUGACGGUGAUUGGUUGAUAUCAUUGAAACUUUCACCCCAAUGUACAGAACUGUGUUUAGACAAAACCACUUAUUGUAUUCUGUGAUAUAUUUAAUAUGUGCUUCGUAUAUAGAGUGCAAACACGGGUCUACAGUUACCCUGUGUGUAUAAACAUAUACUACUUGUGUAUGUGUGUGUGUGUGACGUUAUGUUCUACCCUUUGUGUUUAUGUCUGUAAUUAUGCUUAAGCUGAUAAGGGACUCAUUAUAGACAAAAAUUUAGCUGUGUCUUGAACAAGAAAUCUCGUGUUAAAUUUAGGUUUAUAUGUGUAUAUUCAGAGCACUGUAUAUCCAGUCAGUAGAUCACCAAGUGUCAGAAACUGCAAUGGAAAUGAAUCAAAAUAUGUAAAUAGCAAUUUAGAGAUUCUAUUCAGAAAUUAUUGCAUGUAAUUACGGGUUUUUCCCUCUCUGGAUGUUGGAUUAGAAGAUUCUGUUUCAUUUAUUAUUUUGUUUUCCUGAGUAUAUCGUCUCUCAGUAUAUGUUGUUAGGCAUGCAUUUGUAAAUAUUGUUUAUUCCUGUUUGUACAGAUGUUAUAAAGAUUUAUCAUGUUGAAAUUUAUUUUGUCCAAUUAUUGACAAUUUUGUGAAGAACUGAUCAGAUUGAAUCUGUAUUCAAUUGAAGCAAAAGUGCUAAUUUCAGACAUUCCACUUUAUGUUACUAACAGUAAUCGUAAUUAUACAGAUACUGGUGGCUGUUUGUUUAUAUAGAACUAUCCAGUGUGUGACUAUUUGAAGUUUAAUAGGUGGCAUAAUAUAAGCAUGUACAGUUAAUAUACAUUGUCUAUAUACAUAUAUGUAGCUUCAUUCCUUUCCUGCACAAGGCUCUGAAAGAUUAUUUUUGGUCUUUCUGGGUUAUCUCAACAACUAUAUCUUGCUUUUGGUAUCUGCAAUCGAUGUCAGCCAUUUUUUCUACCUGUGAAAUGCCGAGUUUACUAUAACUACUUAAAUGGUCACAUGGAUGAUGAACAAUAGUUAAUUGGAGAACCCUUUAUUUAUUUUUGCACCACCCAGGUAGUUUCUGCUAGUAUGAUUCAGUGUUCAUUACAAGACGAAAUCAAAAUCUGCCAGAUCUGAAUAUUACGUUUUACAUGUAACUCUGUAUGUAGUCUUGAUGUAUGUGCAAUCACAUGUAUUCUCUAUAUAUAAAAAAUUCAUAUAUCAUUUUAUAUACAAUUUACAUAUCAAAAAUA